GAACGGAUAGGCACAAUGGGAAAGUCUGGCCUAUUAUCACGCAAUCUAACAAAUUGUUGAAAAGUAUGUAUUAUUUCUGUCUGUUGCAUACUUGUCACCUGAUCAAUGGUUGCAGAUUGACAUUUAUAUCAGUCUUAAGCCUGAUAAAUAUAAAGGUGUUUACAUUUUGCUAUCCGUAUAUUGUUUGGAUAAUUAAAAUGCUAAAUCGUUAUGUGUUUGUUGGAUAAACAACCAAGAAAAACAAGGCCAAAAUGCAGCGGAACAGCAAAUCAUUUGACGUUCCACCUUUGGAGCCAAAAAUUGAACAAGUGGUACCACCAAAGAAAAAUAAAUUCUCAGUUUUCAAAGGACUUAUUUUUGCCAUGUUAUCGGGCGUGUUUUACUCAUCAGCUGCUGUUAUAGUCAAACAGAUGAAAAGCUUACAUCCUGGCCAGCUAGCAGUUUACCGUUUCGUGGCAAUCCUAGCAAUAUCUCUACCAGAAGCUGUCAAAUGCCGUAAAGAACUUUUUGGUCCAAAAGAUUAUCGUUUCCUUCUCGUUCUUAGAGGCAUAUUCGGUGCAACGAAUCUUUUCCUCAAUUUUUUAGCCUUCCGAUACUUACCUUUAGGUGAGGCAGCUGUAAUUAUAUUCAGUGUUCCUGUUUUUGUCACGGUGGCUGCGAGAAUCUUUCUAAAAGAACCUUGUGGAAUGUUCCAGUCCAUAACAGUCGUCCUCACAGUAAUUGGUAUAAUAUUCACAGCCAAAAUCCCAUCUCGUCUUUCAAGCAAUCCCGUUGUGUAUUCAAAAGAGUUUAUCUACGGCAUCAUCGCAGCAGUUGCUUCACUUCUCUUCAGCACUUGCAGAUUCAUUGUCCUUCGUAAAGUUAAAAGUGUUCAUCAUGCCAUUAUAAUGUUCAACUUUGGAUGGGUGGCUGUUAUAGAAACUGCCUCGCUUACAGCUCUCAUUGGAACUUUCCAAUGGCACGAAUGUGGCUUGCAAGGUCUGUUUAUCAUUCUCCUUGGCUUAUUCAGCUAUGCCGGGCAGACUUUAUUGACUAUGGCCUUACAGUGCGAAUUAGCAGGUCCAGUAUCCACCAUGAGAGCUGCUUCUGACAUAGUUUUGGCAUUCCUCUGGCAGACGUUCCUAUUUCAUGACAUUCCUGAUAUUUUCAGUAUUGUUGGUGCUGUUUUGGUUGGAUUUUCAGUUGUCUUUGUUGGGUUAAAGAAAUGGGUAUCCUCUUUACCCGAGGAUUCUUCGAAGCUUAAAUAUUUAAAGUGGAUGACUAAGUAAGAACGGAAGUGUCUGUAGUUCUCAUUGUAUAGUUUAUAUAAAAUUAUUUCAUAUGUUAGCAUUGCUUACUUUUUUAAGAAUAAAAUAUCAAAUGAUGACUUGGA